UAUGGUUCUUCGUCCCGUCAAUCAUCGCUGAAGUUUGCUUCUCUUAGUUCCCUUGUCUCCUUUUCUCUCUUUCCCUCUUUCUGAGUGUGUGUCUGUAAGUGUCUGUGUGUCUGUCUAUCUCCGAGUUUCUUAGUCUCUGUCUCUGGCUCUGACUCUGGCUCUGGUCUCUGACCGCCCCUCUGCCUAGAGCAGAGCGGGGCAAUCUGUCAGCCCAGCCAGGGGGGAGCCGCCUCGCCCGGGCUCGGGUUACCGGUGACUGACAGCGUCUCCAUGGCGAAUAAUUUGACUCCAACUAUUGUCUGGCGCGGGCAGGCCCCGGGUCAGAUAACCGGACCAAUCAGGGCGCGGGCCGCCGCAGCUCAUGCCCGCUUAGAAUAAUAUUAUUAAAAAAGCAGCGAGAGAGCUAGACGGGAGAGCGAGAGAGAAGCGGGCGGCGGGACCUCGCCGGGCGGCGGAGUAUGCAGAGGAGUGUCCCAGGCCAAGCUGCGAGGAACCGAGCUGAGGCCACCGGCUGCUGGAGAGCCAGAGACAGGCGCGGGAGAUAUUGCGGGGCCCCAGCCUUUUGCAAGCACUUACCAAAGUGACUUAGGAACUUCUUUUGUGCCUCCACCCCUCUCCCCCGCUAACUCCCAGCCCCCGUUAUUUUUUCCGACUGCUUCUGUUGGGCCCAUCUUUCUUGGCUGCCUCGAAAACCCGGCGGGCGCCCCAGAUGCAGGGCGGUGCGGUACUGUGAGCACCUCGGGGCUCGGCGGGGGGUCGGAGCCGCAAGUCCAGGCCGAGGGAGGCUUCAGAGGGUGGGGCCAGGCCCGGGCCGCAGCCCCGGAUGGUGAGCAGGGCCCCGGGGUGGCCAGCACCAUGUCCAUGCUGCCCACAUUCGGCUUCACGCAGGAGCAAGUGGCGUGCGUCUGCGAGGUGCUGCAGCAGGGCGGCAACAUCGAGCGUCUGGGACGUUUCCUCUGGUCUCUACCGGCCUGCGAGCACCUCCACAAGAACGAGAGCGUGCUCAAGGCCAAGGCCGUAGUCGCCUUCCACCGGGGUAACUUCCGCGAGCUCUACAAGAUCCUGGAGAGCCACCAAUUCUCUCCUCACAACCACCCCAAGCUGCAGCAGCUCUGGCUCAAGGCACACUACAUCGAGGCGGAGAAGCUGCGCGGCCGGCCGUUGGGCGCCGUGGGCAAGUACCGAGUGCGGCGCAAGUUCCCGCUGCCCCGCUCCAUCUGGGACGGCGAGGAGACCAGCUACUGCUUCAAAGAGAAGAGCCGCAGCGUGCUGCGGGAGUGGUACGCGCACAACCCCUACCCGUCCCCACGGGAGAAGCGGGAACUGGCGGAAGCCACUGGUCUCACCACUACGCAAGUCAGCAACUGGUUCAAGAACCGGAGGCAACGGGAUCGGGCGGCGGAGGCGAAGGAAAGGUACGAAGAAAACAACGAAAACUCCAACUCCAACAGCCACAAUCCACUUGCUACAUCCCUGAACGGUGGCGGCAAGUCCGUUCUGGGCAGUUCCGAAGACGAGAAGACUCCGUCGGGAACCCCGGACCAUUCUUCCUCCAGUCCGGCGCUGCUGCUGAGCCCGCCGCCGCCGGGCCUGCCGCCCCUCCACAGUCUGGGCCAUCCACAAGGCCCCAGUGCUAUCCCAGUCCCCAGCGGAGACCCCCUGCAACAUCACCACGGCCUGCAGGACUCCAUCCUCAACCCCAUGUCUGCCAACCUGGUGGACCUGGGUUCUUAGAGACACUCAUCGCGCUGUACUCCGGCUCCUUCAUCGCCCGCCCUGCUCAGGCUCCAACCCUUUCCUAUGCCCAAGCCCCUUUCGCCCUCUGUCCGCCCUUUCUUUUGAUUCCAAAAAGUUUUAUUAGUUUGGAUACUGUAUUUUUGAAAUGAAAGAAGGCAAAGUGCUGAGAAGCCGUGCUGUCAGCCGAAGGCCGGUGGGCUGGCGGCGGGUACUGGAGAAGGUACUGUAAAAGCCCCUGGACCUUAGUGGUAUAACGUCUUAAAGGGGUCGGGCCAGGGCCAGGCCAGGGAGCUGGGUGCUCCGCGCCGGAGGAAGAAGGGAUGAUCGUCUUUAUUUUUGUUGUUGUUUUUACCCAAGUGGGUCCCCGACCCCACCCCCAGAUCUUUAGGGCCUGUUUCUUGAACUCGGGAUAGGAAGAAAUUCUGGUCCCGGUACCAGCAGUUUUGUUUCCUCGCUUGGACUUUAACCAUUCCCAGGCUACCUCCUGGGGGCUCGACCACUCUUAAGUUUCUCCCUCUUACUCUGUCUCUUUGUCUCUGUUUCUCUGUCUCUGCCUCCGCCUAUGUUUCUCUUCACUUUCUCCCGCCUUUCUUUUUGGUUCUUGCUUUCUUUAAACUCUUUCUCUCUUCGGAUUUUCUGUAUCCUGAGUCUGUCUUUUUUUUCUUCCAUCUCACACUCCCCAUUAUCAUCGCCACCAAUCUUUAUGUUUCCGUCUAUCUUUCUAUCUGAUUCCCUCUAAAUAUCUCCCUGCUUCAGGUAGAAACAAGGCCCUGGGGGUUAAGGGGAAGUAGAUUCUAAGACGGGACCUCGCCGGAGUGAGAGAGGUUCACUUCCAGCUACAGGUGUAAGAUUUUCGUAUUGAUCCUUGAAGAGGGAAAAGGAAAUGAAGCCUGAUUAUAACUAGUUUCGGGUAUUUCUGUCCCGCGAUUUGGCUCCUGGAUUGGACUUUCCUACUUCCUGGCUGGACGGACUGGGGUUGGGAGGAGCAGCAGGCUUUUUAGAAGGCGAAAAUGAACAAAAAGGGGGGGUUGGACUCCCAAUCCCUCACCCCCAAACUCCGACUGUGACCUGUCCGAGUUUCUCUCUCCCUGUUUAUACCCUCUUGUGAAUGUUCUUCGGGAAAAUAUUUCUGCUUUUAUUUUAUAAUAAAAUUAGAAAUCUUAAAAAAAAAAAAUCUAAACAAACCCACAAUGCAAUCCAA